CGUAUUGUAUUGAGACUGGAGUUGCUUCAGAACUUAGGCCACAACACAGUGCGCCAUUUUCCAUCAACUCCCAAGACGAGCGAGCCGCAGACAGAUCGGCACCUUCUUCACGAACACCAGGACUCCACCAAGCGAGCAACAACAAUCUAUCGGCGCCCCCUUCCCUGGACCGCAGCGAGCAGCACAACGGAGAAUAAUAGAUUGUAAUGACCGCCCUAUCGCCGACGCUUAGCCGCCUGCCUCCAUGACCGGCUGCCCCUUCUCGGCUUCUCGAUCUCGGUCCAGGCUGAAUACUGCGCUCCAUGCCUUCAGCGAUUCGGCCUUCGUCCAAUCGGCCCGUCUCAGUUCUGGCUUUCAGAGUCCCAAGCUUCACGUUUCAGUCUUUACUCUUCAGCUUCCAGGUAUCCACGGUGCAGUCAAGGUGUUCGGCGAAAGUCUCAAAUUAUAGUACUGUCAUCCUCGAUUAGCAGUUUCAAUUCGACACGAUUUUGCUAGCUUUUGUUCGUUAAAGCAUGAAUGGGGUUCGUAAAAUGGUGCCCUGGUUAUGUAGACAAGUGCACACAAGAUCCUCAGAAGGUCCCAGCGAGACCUUGAAGAAAAAGGUAGCAGAACUUGAAAGGAAGAGGAAAGGCAAGAACUAUAGGAAGAGCCAAACAUUUGUGCAGGUGCGGGAAUCAUUGGCAUGGCUAGACACUCCCACCAUGCCGAUGAUACUCACUGUUGUUGGCACUGCGCUUUUAGCAAAGCUCAUGAUGAUGUAUGAUGACUCGAAGUCUCAGGAGAGGAUUGAGCAGCAGAUUAAUGAUGCACCUGAAGGUCAAGGAACUGUAAGGAUGCUUACCCGUGAGGAAUGGGAUGCCAUCCAAGAAGUGCGGCCAAGGACUCCAUUCGAGUCUAGGUUUGCUCGUCCAAAUGCUCGGAUACGUACCGGUGAACCCUUGCACUUGGAAGAUGUGAAGGACUGGACAAUUGAUGUUUUUGCAAAUGCAUUUACACGAGCUGAAGAUUGUGCUAAACGUGGAUCGAACUGAUUCUAAUAUAAUGGAUAAACCUCAGCCUCAUCUUCGAAGUGUAUAGCCUUUGUUGCUGAUUUUAUUGCAAGAGUUGUUCCAAGAAAUGCUUUGGAUUUUACUUGACUCUUCACAUUAAUACAUCAUCUUGAAAGCAACGUGUUUUGGCAGUUUUGAAAAAUGGAAAUAAUUCACUCAAUAAAAGUACAGAGUAACUCAACUUAAUUUGCUUUAGUAGCAAAAGUAGCUUCAGUUUGAGUUUUUCAGGGAUACAUAUGUACUCCACUGGCUACUACUGGCUAGCGGUUGCUGUGGUUUGGCAUUACCUGUCGUGAUCAGUAUAAAACAUUAUACUGUAGGAAAAAUCUGAUACAAUAAUUCCAAUUAUUGUUUUAUUAAUCCGGUUUAUUGAUUACUUUUGUAAAAGACCAAUGUUGGAGUGGGUUUUAACUUGUUAUAGCUGAUUAUGUUUUUGAUAUAAGAAUUCAGUGUCAUGAUUA